CACACCUGCAUAACGUCGGCCCUCGCUAUCAAGCGUUGGCAGUUGCGCGUUGUUUGUCCGGCGCGUUCUUCACCAGCGACUCCGCGGGCGAUCUGCAACUCUCGUUCGCCAUGCCACUCGCGCCGUCUGUCCAAUUGUCGCGCCGCCGCAGCAGCAGUCAACGCUCGGAAGGUGUCGUCUGCCUCUAGACCUUCUCCCUAUAGAUGCAGCAGGACGCAAGCAACAGGGCGGGCGCUGAGCCCGUCGCCGAGGGACUGCUUCCCGAGAAGGACAACGCCGGGGACGGCGAAGGGAACGUCGCCGCGUUCGAAUGCGCCAUCGGCAGGCUUCACGCGCCCCUCUUCCGGCGUCUGGUCACUCCCAGAUGCUUCCUGCUCCUCUUCUGCGUCCUGGGCAUCCUGCAGGGAGCCUACCGGACUUACUUCAUCGGCGUCCAGUCGACGGUGGAGCGCCGCUUCGCGAUCCCUUCCAAGGCGAUGGGCCUGGUGCUGACGGCCGAGAACGUGAGUCCCGUGCUAGCCGUCAUCGCCGGAUACUACAGCGGCGGCGAGAACUACAACCAGCCGCUAUGGCUGGUGUUCGGCAUGCUCACGGUGGUGCUGAGCUGCGGCCUCUGCGUGCUGCCGCACUUCGUUUUCGGGCCGGGCCUGCCGCUGGCGCUGUCGCGCAUCGCUCCCGGCCAGGAGACGGCCGCAGGGCUGGCGCCCGGAGCCGGCGUCGGUGCGCUGUGCGGCCAGGCUAGGGACGACGAGGACUGCCUGUCCAACAUCAACCUGGAGGGCGACGUCACCAUCUUCAUCAUGUUCAUCGCCAACCUGCUCAACGGCUUCGGCUCGGCCACUUUUUACGUGAUCGGCAUGUCGUUCAUGGACGACAACGUGAGGAGGAAGAACUCUCCGAUGUACUUCGGCACGAUGUUCGCGCUCCGUCUGUUCGGACCCUCCAUGGGUUUCUUCUUGGCAUCGUAUUGUCUCUCCCAUUACGAGAUACCUUACGUGGACCCGGGCAUCAUGAAGAGGGACCCGCGCUGGAUCGGUGCGUGGUGGCUGGGAUACGCCUUCAUCGGUGUCCUGGUCAUCGUAUUCUCAUUGCCCAUGCUGCUCUUUCCCAGGAAGUUGUGGAGGACCAGGAUGGCUGACAGCGACCAUAAGGUCAGCCUCGCCUCUGGCACUGCGGCCGUCGACGCUUUCGAGCUGAAGGAAGUUGUGAGGAGACUUCUGGGCAGUCCGCUGUUCAUCUGUCACGCUGCCGCACUCGUGUUCACCGUGAACGGGCUCAUGGGCUUCCUGCUUGCGACGCCCAAAUACAUGGAGACGCAGUACAGGCGCUCGGCGGCUACGGCCAGCCUCUUCUCAGGAUCGGCCUCUCUGGUAACCAUGCUCCUGGCCGUUCUGUUCAGCGGCGCCGUGGCGCGGAGGCUGAAGCCAGGCGCGGGAAUAGUGUCCGCCUACAUCUUGGUCGUCGACGUGCUCCUGCUCGCCUGCUUCGGCGCCUCUCUGCUGCUGGGCUGCCAGCAGCUAAACGUGGCCGGCACGGCGCUACCCAGUGGCGAGCUGAACCUGGUCAACGAAUGCAACUCCCGGUGCUCCUGUAGUACGGAUGUGUUUGAGCCCGUGUGCGGACCCGACGAGGAGACGAACUACUUCUCGCCUUGCUUCGCAGGAUGCCACAAUUUCAACAACUCAGACACCAAGCAGCUACUGGAUUGCCAGUGCCUACUGGGACCGGAAGGCACGAGCUACGCGUCGAACGCGACUGCAGGCUUCUGCUUCAACGAGUGCACCAUGUUCGUGCCCUUCGUCGCGGUGCUCGGCCUGACAAGAAUGGUCUUCGCUACGUCCAAGGCUGGCAGCGUUCUCAUCGGCAUCAGGCCCAGCUGCCUUCACCCAAGAGAGGAGAAAAUCGCCAUCGCGGUCCUGCUAACGCUGGGCUCAAUUUUCGGUUUCAUCCCGUAUCCGGUAAUCUACGGGGCCAUCAUGGACAGGUCUUGCCUCGUCUGGGAAGUAAACUGCGGCGCGCGCGGCAACUGCUGGGUCUACGACGCGGCCACAUUCCGCUACCUGCUCCACGGCGUCUCGAUGGGCUUCAUCGCGCUCGGGGCGUUCUUCAGCCUCGCCGUUUACGUGUUCGGCCGUCACUCGUGCCGUCUGCGCGCCGACCUGCAGGAAAGCGGAGACGAGGACGAGGACGUAGUCUUCAUGCGACACAUCGGACACCCCGGCAUAACGCACGCCACGUGACGGGCGCUGCACAGUCGCGCAUGCGCGUUCUCCGCCAUACUUGCCCUUCGUAGCGAGCUUUUCUGGCUCCAUGUGACGAACUAGAAGUGGCCCUGCACGCCCCCAGUGUGGGCGUAUAGAUAGCUUGCACCUUGCUUCUCACUUUGCUGGUCCUCCAACAUGGCGGAUAGGAAGACGUCAGUGUACCAUUUUUACUGUCACCGGUAACCUGCUUCAAUGUCAAGGAGACGCGGUCGGAACGCUGCUGGCAUCUGUGCUAGAACCACGGCAGAAUCCGCAGAACCACCGCGCGACAACGUAACGGACGCAGCUUCUCACCGCGUGCUCCAACAUGGCGGCUAGGAUGACGUCAGUGCAAGCCAUCCAUAGGGCUCUCGCAAGUGACAUCGCAAGCAUGAGGAUUGGUAACGCGAUCGAAAAGUUCUUGUAGCGCAUUGCUGCGUGCUAUCUUGCUUUUAACGCGAGCGGCAACUCCUCGUCGAUGAUUAGCACUCGUUUUGAGCGAGGUCUCGGGCUAUUCCAAUGCUACAGGCCAAGGAAAUCUCUGUGAAGGAAGCGCCUAUUUUGGCGAUAAUUAACUAUGGUUGAUGCAUCCUUCUGUGGCCGCGAUGUCAUGGCAAAUUCUUUACCGAUAGCCGCAAAACUCAAGCGUCUAACUGUAGCUGCAGUAGAAAUGUGAAGGCACACUUUUCCAAAUUCUCUAACAAGGCAUUUCCUGUGCCUAAUACUCUCACACCGAAACAACGCAGAGCUCAUUUGUCUUCGGUACGUGGCUUCUCUGAGAAGCGACAGAACAAACUAUAUGUAGACGAAUAUUGAUGUCCGAUACCAUUAAACGUUUUUAUACAUGAGAAUACAUUGCCACUGGAUAAUUUUAUGCAGUGGUUUGUUAUCGGCAUAUUGUUCAUGAAAACCAGAAGUACCUGGACAAACGAAGUAGUGGUUAUUCGUGCUAAUCCUUUGCCGCCCUGUUCUACCUCUUGCGUUGACUAGAAAUAGCCACGGUUGCCUCAGCCGAGACUGCCCGCGUAAGGACGCAUCUUGUUCUUCGGGCGAGAAGCGACAACGAGCAUUGCUAAGUUAUACUAAAAUAAAAUACAUCCGUUAAGUAUUUCGA